UUGGUAUAGUCCCUACUCGUGUUCCUUCCUUCAGAGGGCAGGGCAACUAUAUCUUUUCCAGCUCCAUGACCUCACAUUUUCAAGUACUCCCUGAUUCCUCUAGUCAGAGAAAGUCCAAAAGCCAAAGAGUAAAAGGAAAAAAAAGAAAAGAAGUUUUGGGGUUGCAAAAGUUGUGCAAUUCACUCUCCUCUCUUACGCGUGUCAGUUCUCUCUGGCUCUGGACAAUGGAUGGUGGACUUCCCAUGCUUAACUGUCUUUUACAGCACACUCUCAGAAGCUUGUGUACUACACGAACUAGUACUGCUUCUAGUUCAGAUUCUUCCACCUCUGCUAAGUGGGUAUAUUCUGUUUUCUGGAGGAUCCUGCCAAGAAAUUAUCCUCCACCCAAGUGGGAUCAUGGAGGAAGCAUACUUGAUCGUGCUACAGGGAACAAAAGGAACUGGAUACUUGUUUGGGAAGAUGGAUUCUGUGAUUUUUACGAAUGCGAACGAGCAGGUAGCGGAUAUGUGAAGGGAAGAUUUGGAGCUGAUAUUUUCUUCAAAAUGUCUCAUGAGGUCUAUAACUUUGGAGAAGGAUUGGUGGGUAAAGUUGCUUCAGAUAACAGUCAUAAAUGGGUGUUCAGAGACUGUCCAAAUGAAAAUGAUCCCAGCUUCAUCCAUUCAUGGAAUGUAUCCGUUGAUCCUCAACCAAGAGCAUGGGAGGCUCAAUUUAAUUCAGGCAUUCAGGUUAGUGUAAACUCCUAUACAUAUUCUUCUCAGUUCCACCAAGAUCACAUCAAAAAUUGUUUCAAUCCUUGGCAGACGAUUGCAAUCAUAGCAGUAAGAGAAGGCAUAAUACAACUUGGCUCGUUUGACAAGGUUGCUGAAGAUCUUAAUUUGGUGAUAAGCAUCCAAAGGAAGUUCAGCUACCUGCAGAGCAUACCAGGCAUCUAUGCUAUACAAAGACCAUAUUUACCAAUUCAGCAGCCCCAUACUUUCAGGACCAAUACAACACCCCAUUUGAUGAUCGAAACUGGAGAAACAGCUUAUGGGGUUGAUGAUAAACGCCAGCUAGUUGGAUCAAAGAGACUCUACUGUGAUCGACCUGACGAAUUUCCAGUCAAGUCCAUCAACUUAGGCUUCAACAGUCCCCAUAAUGGCAUGAUUGGACCACCUCCGGCAUUAUGGUCCAUUCCACCUCUUCUGCCCUCAUCAGCUUGCAGUCCUGGAGCUGCUUAUAUUCCAAAGAUGCCUUCCAUCUCACCAUCUUAUAAUGCAAUUGAAGCAACUGAUACUCUGCUGCUGAGCAAACAGAAUUGCACCAUGAAAACUUCAAGCCAGUCUGUUAAGGUCAAUGAAUUUAUUGGUUUAAGUGAAAUGCAAAGUGGUGAUAUAAAGGCUGAAACAACCUGUGCAAUGGAGGCAGCUCAAGAAGGAAAGCCUGGAACUUUAAGCCAUAGUUUAGGAGUGGAAUGUAGGGUAGUGAAACUGGGGUUUGGACCCCAGUCAGAAGAAGAGUGUGCUCUGAACCUUAAUUAAAUAGCUGGAUAUUAGUUCUUACCGUUGUCAUGAUUCUAAUGUUAAGACUAUCAAGAAGAGUAUUGGAUUUGGCGCUGGCAGCUUAAUUUUAGAUGCAUAAAACUCUGUAUAAAUUUAAUGAAUCUCAGCUCUUAUUGCAAACUGCAAUCUUCAACAUUAUGUUUGAGA